AUGCCUGGUGAAGUAUGGAUAGCAAAUUGCGACCCAUUGACAGGUCUGGACCCAAACCGAGAGGCGACACUAUUCUGGGACAUGGUCUCUUCAACCAGCUGGCUUCGGAAUACAUUGAUAACUCUUCUGUCCGGAAUCUUGAUCACGAAUACCCUCCGAGACAGAACGACGAUUGAAGCUCGAAUAAAAAACAGCUGUCAUAUUCCUGAUUGA